GGGAGGGAGGGAGAGAGAGAGAGAGCGCGAGAGCUGAGCUUGGAUAUAAACUAUGACAGCACGGAGGUCGUAUGCACUGCAGUGUGAAGUGCGGAUGGACGGCAGUUUAACAGAUACAUAAGGACUCCUGACCCUUCAUAAACAUCAUCACUGAGCGGUUGGGGACUCUGAAAAUGAAUAAAACUCCAUUUCAGGCCGGAAUGUGUCGAAACAGCCUUGCAGUUGUGAUCACACUCCUCUUCUCAGUGUCUGUGAGCGACUGCACAAAUGUCACAGCCAAAGUUGGAGGAAAAGUGAUUUUGCCCUGUAACUGCCCAAACAUGUCUUCCUUGAUCAGCUGGCAGAGAGACCACACUAUAGUGUACAGUGAUGACAGAGACCUAACAGCACUACAGUAUCGUGGCAGAACUGGAAUCCAGGAAAACAGCUGUUCUCUCAUCCUAAGUCAAGUCCGUGCAUCAGAUGAGGGAGUGUACACAUGCUACUAUGAUGCAGAAGCUUUUUCCGAUGUGCAUGCAACCCUACAGGUUACAGCCAACUUCAUUACAAACUGUACGAACAGAUCUGGCAGUUAUCAUUGUAAGGCCAUACAGGGCUAUCCUGAGGGGAAGAUUGCAUGGAAACUGAACGGUCAGCUGCUGUUCCCACAUCCAGUAUUUUCCUACAGUAAAAUGGACAGUCUCACUGGUCUCUAUGACAUCGAGAGCUCUGUAAGCAUAAAAGAAAGUGGCACAGUCACGUGUGAAGUGGAGAUUUCUGGAUUAGCAAAGGAAAUUGCGCAGUGUGUCACUGGCCCCCAUAUGCAGAGAGCUCUUGAAGUUUUCUGGAAUGUUCCGGUGGUUUCUGUGGUGUGCGGAUCACUGGUGGUCCUUUUGAUCUGGCUAUCUGUGUGGAUUAUCAAACGGCAAAACAGAAGAAAUGAAACGAGGGACAACCAGCCCGAACUGUGGUCACUAAAGGAUAAAGACCUUUUUCACAAACCUGACCAUGCUGACAAGCCUAAUCUGUGUAUUUGAUAAGGGUGACCUUUGAAAAAAAGGAAUGUGAAUGCUGAAAAAAAGGAGUGUCAAUGCUGAAAAAAGGAAUGUGAAUGCUGAAAAAAGGAGUGUCAAUGCUGAAAAAAGGAAUGUGAAUGCUGAAAAAAAGAGUGUCAAUGCUGAAAAAAGGAAUGUGAAUGCUGAAAAAAAGAGUGUCAAUGCUGAAAAAAGGAAUGUGAAUGCUGACGCCAGCAUUGUUUUGUCUAUGCAGUGUCUGUAAAAUGAGAACUUCAAAUUCUAUCAAGCUGGAUCUGAGUUCAGGGUUGAGUUCACCUGAGCGAUAACCUGUCAGGAAUGUCCCUGAGUUUCAAAAUCUGUUGUGGGUUGAGCCUUUACACAGGUGUUCUUUGGAAAAGAUCAUCCAUUUCUAGAUCAUUCAAAGAACGCAGGCAUUUUAUUUACUUAAAGCUUUGUUGUUUCACGCUUUAGAAAUCUUUGCCCUCAUUUCUUUUCCCACUUUCAUGGCAGUUUGGUAGCAGAAGCUUCAAAUAUGGUAUUAACUUUAAUCAGAGAUGCAUUCUUUGCAGUAUGCAGGUGUGUGCUAUAUCAGGAUGAAGUGGAGUGAAUACAAAUUUUACUCCUUAGUCAGGGUUAACUGUAAGAGCCUGGGGAACCAGUUGUAACAGUCAAAGAUCUGGUUAAUUUUAAGCAAACACUUUUAAUUCAAUAAAAUUCUAUGCUGUUUAAACCAAACAGGCUUCCAAUUGUAUCCAGAAGUUUGAACACUCCCAGAAAAAUGUUUUGUUGAUUUCCUAAGUAAAAGUAAGUUAUCUACAAAAUUGAGUGUGGCAUUUGUUUGCUUACUUUAGUGCACAAUUUUUUUUAUUUGCUAAGUUUCACAUCUUUUGCCUCAUUAUUGUACUGUAUGACACAUUUUGAUGUAAAUUAGCAAACUAAAAAAAAGCAAAUAAUUUUACAUCUUCGUUCACGUCAUAUAUAUGCUACUUAAAUUGUCAGCACCCCCAACUUGAAACACCUUCCCACAUCCCUGCCACAGUAACACUGUUAAAACUAACCCUGCCAUGUGGGGGCUGUACUUUAGCCUUGCCAGCUGUCACUGUGUGCUCUUAAUUUGCUUCAAAAUGGUGCUAUAUUACAGACAAGAGGGUGAUUACAAUAAUAUUGCAGUGAAUGCUGCUACAUUUGACCCUGUGUCAGGUUGUGCUUCACCCUUCACUACCCACUAGAAAAAAAACUAAGCAUAUACCUGCUAUAGCCAUAUACGUGGCUGUGACAACUAUAGGGCAAAAAACAUAACAUCUUGAUGCCUAAAGACAUUUUAACCAGAUGUAUGUAACAAUAUAUGGAGCAUUCUACUGAAUUAGUUCAAACUGUGGUUCCAGACCUUAGAUAUUUACAAAGAUUAUGCUAUGAUAUAUUUGAACCCAAAGAAUUCAUUGCGAUAGUAAUAAGCUACAUAUAUGCAAAAUCAUCACUUAAAGGUACUUUGUGUUCUGUCCCAAACCAUAUGCUGUAAA